AUGAGGAUGAUGAAAAAAGCAGCAUGGCCUUUAAUUUCGGCAAUUAGUAUGGGGGCUGGAACUUUUAUUGGAGCCCAGUAUGAGAAAAUGUAUGGCUUGCCAAACAAGCAAUUAGGAAUUGAUACAAUCCAUGGAGAAAAAAGUAAGGGAAGCUACAUCCUACCCUUGAUUGAGGCCAGAAGUGCACCUGUUGAUAGUAACUCCUUGAUUGCUCAAAACUCUGACAUCAGUGACCUUAAUAAGCCAACUGUACCAUCUAACAGGGUGUCACAGAUUAUGCGAUAUGGGUUUCCUGGAUUGGACAAUAUCCGAGCAUUUGAUGAUUAUGUGUUGUCCUAUGACAGGAGGAACAGGACAGCCCAUUGGGUGUUUGAACACUUGAAUCGGGACAAUACAAAACAUAACGACAAUGUUAGCAGAGAUAAAUGUGAAUUCUUCGAAGAUGACUCUGUGCAUGAAUAUUUUAGGGCAAAGAACAGUGAUUACAAAAAGAGUGGAUAUGACCGUGGUCACCUUGCUGCAGCAGCCAAUCACAGACACUCAGAUUCUGCAAUGCAGCAGACAUUUGUUCUUAGUAACAUGGCACCUCAGGUUGGAAAAGGAUUUAACCGAGAUGCUUGGGCAAUGCUGGAAAAAUAUGUACGGAGUUUAACAAAGCAUUUUGUUAAUGUCUAUGUUUGUACUGGGCCAUUGUACUUACCAAGGUAUGAAAAUGAUGGCAAGCUGUAUGUGAAAUAUGAGGUGAUAGGAAAAAACAAUGUAGCUGUGCCAACUCAUUUCUACAAGAUAGUUGCAUGUGAAGACAAAAAUGGACAAAUUGAACUGCUUUCUUUUGUAAUGCCGAACCAACCCUUGCCAGACAAUUUACAGCUUAAUGCUUACCUUGUGCCAUUGGAUACUAUUGAACGAGCAUCUGGAUUUUUAUUUUUUGAUAAACUACCCCGUAACUUAGUUAAAAGAAUAAAUGGAAAGAAAACAUAAUUAAUUUGAAACACCACAUCUUUAUUGGAAGAAAUUAUUUAGCUGAUUAUUAAGUCCAUUCUCAUUUUAGAGGUAUAUUUAAAUAAAUUAAAUAUAAAUUAAUUUCACAGUGAAUGGAUUUUUCUAUACUUUGAGUGGCAUGGCCUAGUACCUGGCUUUGGAUGUGAGAAAAGGAUAUGGCUAUAUGGCAGCCUUCAAUGGAAAUGUCAUUAUUAUAUGAAUGGCAAUUACCUAUGGAAGCAUAAAAUUUUGUUUAUGCCAUUUUCAUUUGGGUAGCUGGAUUUUGAUCAUUCUCUGUAUUUCAAUUUGCUAAGGACAUAUAAAAAGGAUUAAUUAUCUUUAAAUUAA